UCGAUGCGCCAUUAGUUAUAAACAAGAGUGAAAUGGAAAUGAGUCGCUUCUGGGGAACAUAUCGAUCUAACCUCUACUUUGGGCUGCGUUCAAGCAACCAGGCUUAUUUGAUUAACCCAGGCCAUGCUGUUGGAGAGUGACUUAACCAGUGGAUAGUGUCAUUCAGCCUUUGAACAAGCAGGCUAUAGAGUUCAUGUACCCAUUCUCUCAUAAGGCAUUUGCUAAUUAUGGUGUACAGAAUGGAUCUCUCUUUGCCAUAGUUUAGACAAAACAUAUUUUCCCCAUAAUGGUGUUUCAAAGUAGUAAACUUUGAAUUCUCAUGUUCAGAGUAGAGUAAAUGGCUCAAAGGUUUGUUUAGUGUGAAAUGUUGAGGGAAUGCCGUGAACAUCUGAGUGAGUGUUGGGUUUGGGAAGAGUACAGUUACUCAUCAUUUCAACAUUUUGAUAACAUUGAUGCUUUGAUGGAUCAAUUUUCCUUAAAUGAUAAGAAAAUUAAGGUGGCUUUGAACCAUAAUUAUGUACUGAUUUGUUAAUGCUAUGUGAAAAUAUGAAAUUCAGUUAUUUUGAAAGUGAUGGUCACUGAUUGAACUUUCUUUGAGUCACAGGCACAAAAAAAGGAACAAAAUUAAGUGUUUCUCACAGGCUGCAUCGUGGCUUUAUUUUUUUGUUCUCAUUUCCAAGAAAAUAGGUUAAUAAAGGUUAGGAAGCUACCAUCUAUAAAGCAUUAAAUUAUUUACAUUAACUAAACCAUCUUUGGUGGCCUUAAAGAGACACAUUUAUAGAGUUAGGAAUCAGACCUGGAUGUAGCCAAAAACCACUUUUACAUUUACUGUAACAAUGUAAGUUCACUAGUUUAAUGGAGAGAUUGAUUUUGAGACCAGUCAGUACUACUGGAUCAAAGAAGACCACCAGACCUUUAACAAGUCUUUGUGUGGGAAUAUCAAGAGUAAUAUUACCCCUUUCAUCUCUAUAAUGCUACAAAGAUUGUAUGAUAUUGCAGUGGAAAAUGAAUACUUAAUUAUGCUUUUGUCUGUUUAAUUUAGCUGGCCACCUUCCAGAAGGUUUUGUGUGGAUUGAACUAGCUCAGUUACAAGUCUCUUUCUUAUGUCCACAGAACAAGGAGUCCUAAGUCCCUCAUGACAGGUUUAAUGUGGUUUCCUCAGCUUUCGCAGGAUGGUCAACUAACUAUUCGCCACACUUGUGAACAGUCUGAUGGGCUUCCCAAGUAUGGCUGGCUUAAACAUGAUGGCACCAACUUCGGCUCUCAGGAGAUAGUUGACAAAGAUUUUGUGUUGAAUACGGACUUUGUAAAAAGGUUGGGUGGAGAUCAUGGUGGAGACUGGACUGCAAGAAUUUCAGGAAAGAGAAUGGGAAACCCCAGGCAGAUGGUCUCCUUACUGUUCUAUACCACUCACGAGGGAGAAGCUCAACUGCAGCCGGUUGUCCACAAGAACACACUUACGGGGCUGCGUGGUUACACGCCUGAACUUGGUUCUUUCACCAUGCAUUUUCCACGCCCCUCCAAGGUCUUGUUUUCGUCGUUUUUAGCUAUGCACACACCACACGUGCAUUCUGUCAAGGAAACCGUGAUGCAGAAUAUGCGCGUGGCGAAAACGAAAGGGGGCCAGAAUAUGCAGCUGCUUGCCUUGGCAGGUCACGUGACUAAACGUGACCAGAAUGGCCGUGAGUUACCGGUGAACCUGUUUGUACAGCAAUGGGUUCUCGAGCUUCCUUUCGAUGUGGAAUUUGUGUUUGAGUCUGAAAGUUUCACAAGCAGGGAGGAAAGGCUGAUAGGGGCUGCUUUCACGAAUCUUAGAGAUAAACACAGCACCGAAUUUGACAAAAGAUUUGAAGAGAAGUUUUCGUUGAAGGCUAAAGGGUUUGGUGAUGAUGAGGUUGAAUUUGCACAGGCUGGGUUAAGUAAUAUGCUUGGAGGCAUUGGAUAUUUUUAUGGAAGCUCAAAAGUGAUUUCUCGGUUCUUCAAGGAACCGACAGAUUACUGGGAAAGCGCUUUGUACACUGCGGUUCCAUCACGUCCUUUCUUUCCUCGAGGUUUCCUCUGGGAUGAAGGCUUCCACCAACUACUAAUCAGUCAGUGGGACACGGAUAUCAGCAAAGAUGUCAUUGGUCAUUGGCUGGAUUUGAUCAACAUCGAAGGUUGGAUUCCUCGUGAACAGAUUCUUGGGGACGAAGCCCGGACAAAGGUACCUUCAGAUUUCGUCGUACAGCACAACGAAAACGCAAACCCACCCACUCUGAUUCUGCCCAUCAAGUCGAUGGUGGAUAAGGGCGUGUUAGAUGAAGGGUAUUUGCGGAAGAUUUUUCCUCGCCUGAAGGCCUGGUUUAAUUGGUUCAACACUACACAGCUAGGAAGCCUACCAUCCACGUACAGGUGGCACGGCAGGGAUGCUAAGACAGACAAAGAGUUGAAUCCUAAGACGCUCACUUCCGGGUUGGAUGAUUAUCCCCGGGCGUCGCACCCGUCAGACGAUGAAAGGCACGUUGAUCUACGUUGUUGGAUGGCAUUUGCUGCUGGACUGAUGGCUGACAUCGCUGAGGCUGUGGGUGAGAGGUCAGAUGCCGGUCUUUACAAAUCGACAAAUCAGUAUCUGUCAGAUAACGGGCUGUUGGACAAGUAUCAUUGGUCUUCAGAGGAGGAGACGUAUAGCGAUUUUGGGAAUCAUACCAAGCGUGUGAAGCUUGUUCAGCGUGUUGUGAAUCCGAAUCAACCCGGUUCGCCCAAAAAGACUGUUCGGGCCGUAACAUCAAAACAGGGUCCUUCUCCUAAGUACGUGAACGCAGUUGGUUACGUCAGCUUGUUUCCAUUCCUGCUUCAAAUCCUAGAUCCCGCUUCACCAAAACUUGAAAAAGUCCUCACACAGUUAAGAGACCCGAAGAAGCUGUGGAGUAACUACGGUAUACGGUCCUUGUCCAAGAGCGACCCGGUUUACAAGAAGCACAACACUGAACACGAUGCCCCUUACUGGAGAGGAGCUAUAUGGAUCAACAUCAACUUCCUGGCUGUGAGGGCCUUAAACCACUACGCCAGUAUCUCGGGACCUUACCGGGACACAGCUAAAACGAUUUACACAGAUUUACGACAAAAUCUAAUCAAAAAUAUGUUCAGCGAGUACGAGAGGUCAGGGUUCAUAUGGGAACAGUACGACGACGGGACGGGUCACGGGAAGGGCUCUCAUCCUUUCACAGGGUGGUCCUCUCUUGUGGUACUCAUGAUGUCGGAACAUUUUUAAAAAUUGUAGCAUGGAUUUUAUAAAAUUUCUAGAAAAUUAAUAUAGACUAUUGAUCGUGACUCGAAUGAACGCUCUAAAAGAGAUUUUUCUCCGUAGCUUGUUAAAGGGAGCUUUUUAAUGGAGUGUCGUAAACCCCAAAGUAAUCAGAGCAGUCAAGUAGAGGAAAGGAAAAAUACAACUACAUGUUAGGCUUCUUUAAUUGCUCCAAUAAGCUCCCAUCCUUGCAAGGCCCUUGUUCAUAAUAAAUCCCCUCCUCCUUAAUAAUCCCUCUGCUUAUUAAGCCCCCUCUCUAACAGGCCCCUUCUCGAUUCUCUCCUAAAAAAGGCCCCUUCUUCCUCCUCUUCCCCUCCUCUCUCCCAACCCCGUUCCCAGUGUCUCUCAUCUUCCUUUGUACUCAUCUAUGGCGUUAUUUGUACUCUAAGGAGUGUAGUUGGAUAAUAAAUACUUUUAUCACACGA